AUGGCUGACGAUAUCAAGAAGGAUCCGUCGAUCGAUGUCGAGACCAGCACCUACGAAGGGUCGGACAAACUCGAGGUCGAGAUCACCAAGGUCACCACCACUGGUACGGUCCAGCUGACCGCGGGCAAGAUUGUCUACAUCCCGGCACCGACGGCUGACCCGCAAGACCCUUUGAACAUGCCCGUGUGGCAGAAGAUCAUGUGCAUCAUCAACCUGUCGCUCUUCUCCGUCAUUGGCCUCGCCUACGUCAGUGGUCUCGGUGGUGUGCUCAACUUUUACAUCCCGGCGUACGCUUCCAUCGGCAAGACGUACAACGAGGUCGGCUACAUGCUAACCCUGCCCAACCUCACCAUGGGCAUCGGCAACUUGAUCGGUAUGCCUCUGGCCGUUGCCGUGGGUCGUCGCAGCGUCUUUCUCGUUGCCACGGCGAUCAUGGUCGUUGCCAUCGGCCUGUGUGCCGGUGCGGGUACCUCGGCGAGCCACUACGGCUGGCACCUGGGUGCACGCCUGCUUCUGGGCAUCUCUGCGGGUCAGAGUGAGGCGUUGGUGCCGAUGAUCACGCAGGAGAUCGUCUUCCUCCACGAGCGUGCGCGCUUCCUCAUGCUCCAGCAGACCAUCCAGGUCAUCGCGGUGACGGUCUUCAUCCUGUUUGCCUCGCCUAUCGCCGAAUCGAUCGGCGUGCAGUGGUGGUACGGAAUCGGCUGCUGCCUCGGCGGCUUCUGCUUUGUCACUUCGUUCUUCUUCCUGCCGGAGACCAAGUACUACCGACCUCAGUCCUCAUACCAGGAGAACGCCGACGGAGCUCAGCAAGACAACCGCGACGGCUUCCGCAUCCACACGGAGCGCCCGGAGCUCGACUACACCAACUUUGAGCCACGCACCUUGCGCUCCAACCUGCGUCUGUGGGUAGGCAAGCCCGAGUGGGGCAAGGCGUGGGUCGUCUUCCGCGAUUCGUGGACCAUGUUGUUGCUUCCCGGCACCUUCUGGGCGCUGCUCAUCAACGGCAUUACGCUGGGCGCCAACAUCACCAUUGGGCUGACCUAUGGCAGGCUCGUCGGCAGCGCACCUUACAACUGGCCGAGCAAAACGAUCAGCUAUGCCAAUACCGGACAGAUCGUCACCUCGCUUGUUGCGCUGCCCGUCUUUGGCUACGGUAGCGAUUGGAUCAUCAAGUGGUUCGCAAACCGCCGCGGAGGCAUCCACGAGCCCGAGACACGUCUCAUUCCGCUCGCUCUGCCCCUCAUCAUCGGUGUGUUCACCGCUGUCCUCUAUGGCCAGGCGGCCACUCAUCCAGACCAAUACCACUGGAUGGUCUACGUCUGGGCCAUAGCUGCUCUCUAUUUUUCGUUCGUCGGCGCUAACAUUGUGGCCAUCACGUACCUGCUCGACGCCUACCCGCAGCGCGCGAGCUCGGUGCUCGUCAUCAUCUGCGCAUUCCGUGGCAUCCUCUCAUUUGGCGUCAGCUACCGCGCCUUGGACAUGAUCGAAGCUCUCGGAUACGACGGCGCCUUCAACAUGUUCGCCGGUCUCACUGCCAUGACCGGCGUGAUGGCCAUUGGCCUCUUCAUCUUUGGAAAGAAGAUUCGUGAGGUUACGGGACGAUGGGUGUCCGUCAGCGACAAGCGGGAGUAA